AUGAAUUCACAACAACAACAACAACAACUCUCAACUGCAGUUGAUCAUCAUCAUCAUGACGACCACCACCACAAUUACGACAAUGACGAUGAGAAGGAAGACUUUCUAUUCCUUUCCUCCUCCUCCUCCUCUUUCAUGUCAUCUUCAACUUGGUCUUUGAUGAAUCAUCAUCAUCGAAAUAGUACAACUAAUACGACUCAAUUUGGUAAAUCUGCAUCAUCAACUUUUGACAAGACAAGUUUGAGUGGUGUGCCAACAAAGAAGAAGAAGAAUACCAAAGGAACAACAACAACAACAACAACAGGCACCGGCACGACUACUGCCAACAACAACAACAACAACAACAACACCAUCACUACUACUACAACCAAUAAUAAUGAAUCCAUUCAUCAUCAUCAUCAUCAUCAUUCACUGCCACCACCACCAAGUUUAUCACAACAAAACCCUCAUCAACAUCAUUACUCCAUGAGUUCCAUAUCUUCCUCUUCUUCCUCUCUCUCAUCAUUACAACAACACAUCCAAGUGGAUGAAACAUCGGCUCUUUUAAAGACGACACCACAACAACCAUCACAACAACAACAACAGCAACAACCAUCACCAACAGUACCAUCACCAUCACUCAUUUCUUCCCAUUAUUAUUCUUAUUAUCCUUCUGUCACGAACAAUCGGAAUAUUACCACUCUAUUGGAUGAUGAUCAUUGUGGUCAUCUCUUUGUAAAUUCUCAUCCCAACCAUCAUCAACACAAUCAUCACCACCACUCACAUCAUCACUCACUCACUCCUCAACUCAAUUCUUUCAAUCCUAAUAGUUCUAACAAUACUAUUCUCAAUCAUGGUAAUCACACACAAAUAUUACUUUCACAAGUCACAACCAUUCGGAAAUGGAAAUGGUCAUUUUGUUUAACAAGUACCGUUGUGAUCAUGAUGUUAAUAUCAUUUUCGAUUUUAUUAUUAUAUAAUUUAUUAUUUUCUCAACCUUAUGUCUAUAUUAAUCAAAUACAAAUUAAUCAAUUACCAAUUGUGGAUCGAACUGUAGGAUUUAAUAUUAUUCUCACUGCUAACAAUCCAAGUAUAUUAUCUAUUGAAAUUUAUUCAAUUUUGUUGAAUAUCAAAUUAUUUGAUAGUCAAAAAAGUGUUUAUUAUGAUAUUGAAACACCACUCUCUUAUACUUUUCAAAAUUUGACCACCAUUGAUUCACUUUCCAUUUCACAAUCAGUUUCAAUUUCUUCUAAAAUAUAUAUUGGAAAUAAUCCUAAUUUUAUUCAAUUAUUGGAUUUAUUUGCUCGUAAUAUUUAUAUUGGAAUUGAAGUGAAUGGAAAGAUUGGAAUGUAUGUCUUUGGAGGUGCUUUUUAUCAUUCACAACCUGUGAAAAAAUCACAACAAUACUUGUUGGUGGGAGGAAGUAGUAGUGGCAGAUAG